AUGGGCCGUAAAGCAUUUGUCAAUGAUCUUCGAGACGCUGCUCUGCCUGGCCGCUUCGCUCAGGUCUCCGAUGUCACUGGCGGCGACGAUGAUGGCACCAUCAAGUUCAUGUUUCAGUCUUUAGCCUUCUCCGUGGAAGAGAUUGCGAUUGACGCUAUGGUAUCUGACGUGUCCGACUAUCCCUCGGAUCACUCAUAUUUCCUUUUCACUACCUCAGAAAAUGCGCCGAGUGCCGUUAACGAGGCCGUACAAUCGGUACAGCCCUCUGUCUCUGGUCGGAGUAUUUCCCAGAUGCUCCUUGAAGUCUCAACAGCGAUCAACCAUGCUUUGUUAGGAAAAGACAAACCGGACGGCGAUCCUGAAUCUUCCGAUGCCAUCGACGAGGACGACCCCCUGAUCGAGGACGACAGCGACGCCGAUAUGUGGUCUACCCACUCGCCAACGUCUGAAAAGCCCACCGAAGCUGCAUUCAAGGACGGUGGUAGCAGACCGAUCCUAGAAAGGGAAGUGAAAGCCAGAAUCAGAUCAGAUCUGCGCUUAGUUAAAGAGGCUGGUUUCAAGAUUGGCGUCCUCGGCAACCUGGAACAAAGUGGCAUCGUAUGUGUUUCGGUCAGGAUAGCGAAGCUGGGUAUCUCAGAAGAGGCUCUGAAAGCGUGGGGACUCAAAAGAAACCAUUAUCUCAUCUUCCUGAUUCGCUACGGCAACGGAUACAAGAACAUUGAAGAUGUCAAGGAAGAAACGAAGUCAGGCAUAUCCAGAACUGAAUUCCGUGUCGCACUUUGUCAACAAUACAAACCAACAAUCACCGAAGCCACCAACGCAUUCAGUCAGCUUUCGGGACAGUCCAAGGCAUCGAACGUGGUCGAACAGGGACAAGCAUCGUCACGAAGCGCAGCUCAAACCGCCGUGGGCACACUUGAGCCACUUUUCAUUGGGAGGCCACUGAAUGAACUUCUGACAAGACUGCCAGCUAUAAUCAAAUACCGUAUUGCUUGCUCGUAUUCUUGGACCGGGGCCGAGCUAUUCUUCAACGAAAUCCAGUCAAAAGCCGCAACAUCGAUAGAUGUAACUCAAGCUUCCUUCAACGUCAGCGAUCCUCCUGUCUCUCAAGCCUUGCCAAAAAUGGUGACUGCUGAUCACAUUGGAGAAACACUACUACCAGAAUUGAUGUCCUUUCCUCUCGCCGCAAUGCAGUUCGUUCUCCGGCAUUUUGUACGGUGCACAGAUUUCUGCCUUGUGUGCCACUGCAAGAUUGACACAAAUUUCGAGGCUCUCAAACCUUAUGUAUGUUCGAAGCCUCUUUGUUUGUUUCAGUAUAUGGCCCUUGGCUUUGGACCAAGCAUUGAGUGGGAAAUACUCUCUCAACCAUACGUGGUGGAUCUAUUGGUUAGUUUCUGCUACGCCAGCGCUCAAGGCCGUCGCCUGAAGGAUUUCCCAAUCGGCAUCGAUCUGAAGGUUCCUAUCCUCCCGCAACCAGCCCCAACCCAGAUUACAGGUUACCAUCACUAUCACAGACCUCCUCUUUCGGUACCUGCAAGCGCUCCAAGUACACCUGCUACCCGCUUCGUGCCUCGACCAAUUCCUUCAAGGUUUGACUCAACGGCACGAGAACUGCUUCUGAUCGAUCGGAAAGCUCCCGGGCCCCUCAAGAUUGGAGACUGGUUAGUUGUCACUGCAACAUGCUUUGAAGGAGCAUAUCAUGCACGGGUUGAAGAAAACUUCUUCCCUACAAUUCGGUUGGGCGAGUUGAUCUAUGUGUCGGGCGUUGCUCGCAUGCCCAGUGAUAGCGGGAUCUCAAAUAUAUCUGCAUCGGUUGGAUUGGUUGACGCUGAGGUCUUUGUGUAUGACCAGAGUUUCGACGAGCUAUCAGAUCACGAUAAGCAGAGCUCCAUCACUUGCAUACUUGAUACCCUUCCGGAUGUGAUGCAAAUGAAAGCUUUCCUGGAAAGCCAUCCUCAAGACCCUUCACUAAAACGAUUCCGUCAUAGAAUCUCAGACACUGCUCUCAAUCUAUUGCGGUGGAUCAUAGCUUCCAACAGAUCGUGCAUCAUGCAGGUUGAUCGGCCAUCCUCCUCAGCAUCUUCUGCAGGUGGUGAAGACCGCGUUUCUGGGAUGGAAGAGUGGAUGCAGUUUCGCUUUGCCCAAGGUGCACCUGACAAAGAACAACGGUUCAUGGACUGCGUCAAGGAAGUUUCUACUCGACUGCAGCUGGGAAACUACCCAACGCUAUUUGCCUGGCAUGGGAGCCCUCUGCCGAACUGGCAUUCCAUUGUACGGGAAGGCCUCCAUUUCAACGAUACCCUGCAUGGUAGAGCUUAUGGUCAUGGCGUUUACAUGAGUCCUCACGCGACAACUAGUAUUGGUUAUUCUGGCAUGGGCUAUUAUUCAGCGGAUCCGUCCACCAGCAUCAGUAACAACUGGCGUAACAGCAAGCUCUGUGUUUCCAGUGCUUUGGCAUUGAACGAGGUCAUCAACGCCCCCAAUGAAUUUGUGCACAGGAACCCUCAUUACGUCGUUAACCAGAUCGAUUGGAUCCAAGCUCGAUAUCUCUUUGUCAAAGCCAACAACCGAGAAUUAGGCCAAAAUUUUGGCGAUUCUACACCGCCAAAACACGUGUACCGUCAAGACCCAAAGCAUGUUGCCCUUGGCGUACACGGCCAACCCGUCAUCAUUCCAAUCACCGCCAUCAGCAAGUCACGCCGACCCACAGCGGUCACGAGUCCACUGCCCCUUGGCAACAAGAAAGUCAAAGUCACAGGCUCAGCAACUCAAGAGCAAGCCGAAAAGAGCGAAGACGACGCCGCAAGCAUGAUCACAGACGCGUCUGAUAUUGCGAUCCUAUUGUCCGACGAUGAAGACGAGGAUGCAGUAAGCCCACCGCCCAAUCACAGCCGAAAGGGAGAUGCCCAGCCCAUCCCCCAAACCGAGCCCGUCAAAACAGACUUCGUGCCCGGCCAACUCCAAGCCUCCACUCUCCCUUUACUGGCACCGCCAUCCUCGGCCUCGACCAGCGCCACCAAGGCCCUCCUCACCACGCUCAAACAAACGCUACACAUACAAAACACGACCCCGCUCCACGAACUGGGCUGGUACAUCAACGAGGACCUCAUCACCAACAUGUACCAAUGGAUCGUGGAGAUGCACUCAUUCGAACCCUCCUUACCGCUCGCCCAGGACAUGAAGAGCGCAGGUCUCCGCUCCAUCAUCCUCGAGAUGCGCUUCAGCAGCAACUUCCCCAUCUCGCCUCCCUUUGUGCGUGUGAUCCGUCCGCGCUUCCUCCCGUUCAUGCAUGGCGGCGGUGGCCACGUCACCGCGGGCGGGGCGCUGUGUAUGGAGCUGUUGACGAAUAGCGGUUGGAGCCCGGUCAGUAGCGUGGAGAGCGUGCUGUUGCAGGUUCGCCUGGCGAUGAGUAGUCUGGAUCCGAAACCGGCUCGGUUGAUGUGCACGGGGAGGCUUGGCGUUGGUCCGGUCGGCGGCAAGAGGAGUGCUGGGCCUGCCAGGGGUGGUUAUGGUGAUGCCGCAGCUGGUGGCGAGUAUAGUGUCGGUGAGGCAGUGGAAGCUUACAAGCGCGCCUGUGCAAUUCAUGGAUGGGAGGUCCCGAAGGAGUUUGAUGAUUUCUUGAAGGCGUGA